AUGCUUACAGGGCCACCAGGAAUCAGUGCAAAUGGCGGAUUCGGCGGUGGUGGAGGAAACCCACCUCCAGGACCACCUCCCGGACAGGGCUUCAAUGGAGGCGGUCAAUCAACUGGUAUGAACUGGGGAGGCAGUCAAGCAGGCCAGGGAAGCUGGGGAGGCCAGAGUGGCGGAGAACAACCAAGUGGAGGCUGGGGAGGUCAGAGUGGCGGAGGACAACCAAGUGGAGGCUGGGGCGGNCAGAGUGGCGGAGCACAACCAAGUGGAGGCUGGGGAGGUCAAAGCGGAGGAGGACCACAAGGUCCCGGAGGCUCUGGAGGAUGGGGAAGCCAAGGUGGAAGUGAUGGAGGACAAGGCGGCUGGGGAAGCGAUCGAGCAGGUCCAACUCCCUCAGGUCCAGCUCCUUCAGGAGAUGGAUCCGGACGUGGUGGCUGGGGAAGCGAUCGAGGAAGCCAAGGUCCUUCAGGAAGCGGAUCCGGAAGUGGGAGCUGGGGAAGCGAUCGAGGUCCAGGUGGAACAGGUGGCGGUCCCGGAGGCUGGGGACGAGGUGGAUCAGGAGGAUGGGGAGGUCCUCGCGGUUGGGGAGGACCGGGAGGAUGGAGUAGAUUCGGUGGAUGGAGGCAUGGAUUCGGUCCACGACCAUGGUUUAGUCGCUAUUUUGGAGGCUGGUAG